AGGAGAGGUUGGUGAUGAAUGAAGGUGUUCAGCGCACAGACCUAGCCUGCUCCGUAUCUUCGCGACCGCUCCGAACGAAGGCAUCACGUCUCCCAUACGUUUGGUGGGCGGCAUCGACAACACGAGGUUCACGACGCACAGCAGCCCCCGCGCGCAACAUUCUGGGUCGCACCGCCCAUCCUUUUCUUGCUUUUCACGUUUUUGAUAGCACCGCAUCGUACCUUGCAGAGCUUAGCACCCGCAGACCAGCACGAUGGAUCGCGACACGCCCACCACGCCUGCCCCACAGCCAUCUGUCUGGCGCUGGAUUCUGGGUUUUCUGAUGGUUGGCGCAUGCUGGGGUCUUACGACACCCUUUAUGCGCCGUGCAGCCUUAAACUAUACGCCCCCAGCGCGACCAUCGCUUACAGACCCGAACAAUUCGUGGCUGAAGCGGAAGGCUCUGGGGAUAUGGUAUGCGGUCAUCGGCACGCUUAGUCGGCCGGCGUAUGCGGUGCCAUUUUUGCUUAACGUUACGGGGAGCAUUUGGUUCUUCAUAUUGAUUGGGCAAGCUGAAUUGAGCCUUACCGUUCCAAUCACGAACUCGUUGGCGUUUUUGUUUACAGUAUUGGGAGAGUGGUGGGCCGAGAAGAAGAUCAUAAGCAGAGAUACGUGGAUAGGCAUGGGCUUCGUGCUCGCCGGUAUAGCAUUAUGUGUGCAAGCCAAGUCAUAGAUUUGACAGUAAUGCGAUUCUCAUCUCUUAGCACUACGGUGCCAGCUUUGAGAACCCCUUCUCUGGCGGCUGCAGCCAGUUCU